AUGUCUUCUUCCCCAAUGGACAUGGACGCACCACUCCCUAACGGCGGCCACUCCACCGCGGCUGCUCCUCCGUCGAAAGUGGCGGAUUCCUUGAAAUUGGAACAUCAGUUGCUUCGUGUGCCCUUCGAACAUUACAAGAAGACGAUCCGCGCCAACCACCGCACGGUCGAGAAAGAAGUCUCUGGCGUUAUUUCCGGAGUAUCAGACGCCGCCGAUUCCGACCUUUCUCGAGAUGACGCUGUUCAUCGACUCAAUUCUUUAGUCUCCCGAUUGCAGGGCCUCAAGAGAAAAUUGGAAGAGGGAAGUCGAACAGAGCACUUGCAAGCACAGAGAUGUAGAACUAGGCUGGAGCAUUUAGAAUCUGCAGAAGUGGACAAUUUUCCAGAGUGGAAUUGCAUCCGUUUGAAGCGAAUACUUAUUGAUUACAUGUUAAGAAUGUCGUACUAUGAAACUGCUGUAAAGCUUGCAGAGAGCAGUGAUAUUCAGGAUCUCGUUGAUAUCGAUGUGUUUCUUGAAGCAAAGACGGUUAUUGAUGCUCUUCAAAAGAAGGAAGUAGCCCCUGCAUUAUUGUGGUGUGCUGACAACAAAUCCAAGUUGAAAAAGUCCAAGAGCAUAUUUGAGUUCCAACUGAGACUGCAAGAAUUCAUUGAAUUGGUAAGAGCCGAUAAUAAUAUGCGAGCUAUACAGUAUGCUCAGAGGUAUCUAGCACCUUGGGGAGCUACUCACAUGAAAGAAUUGCAGCGUGUCAUUGCAACCCUUGCUUUCAGAAGUAACACUGAAUGUUCAACGUACAAGGUGUUGUUCGAGGAAAAACAAUGGGGCUACUUGGCAGAGCAAUUCAAACAAGAGUUCUGCAGAUUGUAUGGGAUGACUCUUGAGCCUUUAUUAAAUAUAUAUCUGCAGGCAGGCUUAUCUGCACUGAAAACCCCAUUCUGUUAUGAAGAUGACUGCACGAAGGAGGAUCCUUUGUCACAAGAAACCUUCCGCAAAUUAGCACAACCACUUCCAUAUUCAAAGCAGCAUCACUCAAAACUAGUUUGUUACAUAAGUAAAGAGCUUAUGGAUACUGAGAACCCCCCUCUUGUGUUGCCGAAUGGCUAUGUUUACAGCACAAAGGCACUCGAGGAUUUGGCAAACCAGAACAAUGGGAAAAUCACUUGCCCAAGAACAGUUUGA